AUCAAGACAGCAAACAAGUUGUGAUGGAAACUAAACGAACUGAAUUUUCAUAAUUAUUUCACUCACCUCUGACAGCGCACCAACGUAUCUACAUCUGUUGUCAUGUAAASCUAAAGUAAUCUUAUCAACUGCUCAAUUUAUCUAAAGUGAAUGGGUAAUCUCACAUUUGYCAUGGUAGUUUGAGUAUCAUUUGAAGAUUAUGUUGUGUCGUACUAGCAAGCCGUGUUGGCACGGGAAAACUGUGUGUGAAGAACUCAAACAAGGUCGAAUAGAGCUGACUUGAAAAUUUUAAAGACUUCAUACCUAAUCAAUGAAUAAGUACGAAGUUCUUGGAGUUGUAGGCGAAGGAGCCUAUGGAGUUGUUAUGAAAUGUCGACARAAGGAAACAAGUGAAAUUGUUGCAAUCAAAAAAUUCAAAGAUAGUGAAGAUAARGAUGAUGUAAAAAGGACAACUCUCAGAGAACUUAAAGUUCUGCGCAUGCUGAAACAAGAAAAUAUUGUAGAAUUAAGGGAAGCAUUUAGGAGAAGAGGAAAACUGUAUCUAGUCUUUGAAUAUGUGGACAAGAACAUGUUAGAAGUCCUUGAAGAAAUGCCUAAUGGUGUUCCCAAUGGAAAAGUCAGGGAUUACAUUUUCCAAUUAAUAAAAGCAAUUAAAUGGUGCCACCAAAACGAUGUCAUACACAGAGAUAUCAAGCCAGAAAACCUGCUGAUUAGCAAAAAUAACAUCUUAAAACUUUGUGACUUUGGUUUUGCUAGAGCCAUGGCUACCACUGGAAGUGCACAACUAACUGAUUAUGUAGCUACAAGAUGGUACAGAUCACCUGAGCUUUUGUUAGGUGCCCCUUAUGGUAAACCAGUGGAUAUAUGGGCAAUAGGCUGUAUUCUUGGAGAAUUAAGUGAUGGACAACCCGUCUUUCCUGGUGAAAGUGAAAUAGAUCAGCUAUAUACUAUUCAGAAGGUCUUGGGACCAUUACCUCCAGAUCAAAUGGACAUGUUUCAUGCCAACCCAAGGUUUGCUGGUCUAAAGUUUCCAGCUGUGGCAUAUCCACAGACUCUAAACCGCAAGUAUAUGGGAAUCAUCAGUGGUCCUUUACUCAAUUUCAUGCAGGCAACAUUACAGUUGGACCCUGUGGAAAGAUUUACAGUAGAGGACUGCUUCAACCAUGCAGCAUUUCAAAAAGAAAGAGAAGAAUAUGAACAAAAAUUAAAAGACAACCCUUUGCUUGUUUCUCGUGGUCAUCCCAAGUCCAAGUCAAGCCACAAAAGUAGCAAACACAGAGAAAGUCAAGAUUUAAAACACUUAAAAACACACAAUGUUAAACAGCAAGAAUUYUCAAAUAAUGUGRCAUUUACUACACCUGAUGGUGAUAGAGAUUCAGCUCAUAAAAAAGCAGUUGAUUCGGAGAGAAAUAAAARCAAGAUGCAAACAACAGACACUUCAGAUGAACCAAAAAAAGAACUUGAUGACAGUGAGAAUGAUCACAAUGCAUUCAAUGUAGAAUCAACAAAAGAAAUAGACUCUAAAGAUAAUGAAAGUCACCUGGAAACAGGAAAUACAAGACAUUUAGUCACUAAUAAUCAUUUUGAUUAUAAUGAUAUGAAGACGGAAGGAAGUGAUGUUAAAGGUGGUGUUGAAGCUAGCACUCAUUCAAAGCAUAUCAAGACAGGUUCAACACCCUAUAGUCAUUUUGUUGCUGCUAACUACAACUUUUUUCCUGGUUCACUUCAACAAGCAAAGGCAACGUAUGGAGUCCCAAGCAAUACUUCAUCAGUUGUUGCUGAAGAAAUUCGCAAGACAAAAUCUGUCAUAAUGAAUAAGAAGAAAGACUUUGAUGUAUCCAUCAAGCCAAAACAGUCCAUUCCGCAGGGCUCGCUUAGAAAUGAGCUUGUUGAUCAACAUUACUUCAAGCAAAAAGACACUAAAGGUCCUGUAUUACAAUACGAGAAACGUGGCUCAAAAUCUAAUCAAGCAACAGACUCCAAUGCAAAUACCAUCCCCCAGUCUUCCUUCCCAGUGAAUUAUGGUCUAGGCAUUGAAAGAAGAGGCUCCACAUCUGAUGUAACUUCAUCCAAUCUUGAUCAGGGGGGACACUUGAUAGGACAAAAUACCUACCCCCUCCCUGGACAGGUGUCCAAACAYAGAACAGUAUUAGAAUCCCAAAGUAGAAAAGUUGAAAAUAUCAUGAGUGAAGAAAGAGCAAAUUACCUACAAGAAAAGAAAGAACGCAAAAAAAAGAAAAAGAAAUCACAGCUUUAUAACAGUCAACAAGGACAGUGGAAACAAAGAUCGGAGUCCUCAACUGAUCACACUAAAGUACAAGAAAGAGGGAAUAGGYCGUCUUCUGAUGUACAGCCACUUGACAGCCGCGCUCACAAACAGCUCACAAGACUCGAUAAYGCGCAGGAUAAGGCCAGUCUACCGUCCUAUGCGUCUUCGCAACCGUCAUCUUCUUUGAAGCCUUUGGCUGAUCUACGUCUACAACCAUUACAACACAAGAAUACAUCACAGCUUCCSAACUCCUACUCUUCAAUGUCACACUCUAAACCGCGAUCACCAGAGACUUUAAGUCCAACCCCGCAGUGGAUGGGGUCUUUUCCAUCUCACAAACACUCCGUUUCGGAACCCAUUACCAGUAUACACGAGAGAGCUGUAAGUCCAAAUGCCGAACUCCUCGCUCCGUUGCCGAAGAAGUCGUCGCAUCCACCUUCGGAAGUCGAUGAGCGUUCGGUUGAUGAUCGUGAACAUCGAACGCAUGGACUGUUAAAGCCUUUGAAUUCGAAUAAAAACAUAUCCAGUAUUCCUUCGGGCAAAGGACUGCCUGAUUUAAACGAUUUAAAAGAGACGCCAUUAUAACAUUGUAGCUGAAAUAUUUUAAAUAUUGCAAAAAUAAUCUUUUGGCCAUAUUGAAUUCUUUUACCAAUAAGAUUCUCAAAUUUCAGCACAGGUUUUAUUGCAAGGUGUACAUAUUAAUUUAUGUAAUAAUGUAUUCAAGUUUGCCUGUUUUCGUAUUAAAUUAUCGACUUUUGCCUGUUGU